AUGGCUUGGGUCCACACAUACGGUCUCUGCGCUCCCGCCGCUGCCGGCAUCAUCCACUGGGGUGCUACCUCAUGUUACGUUACUGACAACGCUGACCUCGUCCUGAUGCGUGACGGUCUUGACAUCCUCCUCAAGAAGAUGGCCACUGCCAUUGACAAGCUUUCUGCUUUCGCCAUGCAAUGGAAGGAUCAGCCCUGUCUUGGUUUCACUCACCUUCAGCCCGCUCAAUUGACCACCGUUGGAAAGAGAGCAUGUGUCUGGCUUCAGGAUUUGUUGAUGGAUCUGAGAGCUAUGCAGAGAGUUCGUGACGAGCUCUGCUUCCGUGGUGUCAAGGGUACCACCGGUACUCAGGCAUCUUUCCUCCAAAUCUUCGAUGGUGACCACGCCAAGGUCGAGAAGCUUGACGAGCUCGUUACCGAGAAGGCUGGUUUCGCUGGCUGCUACCCCAUUGCCACUCAGACCUACUCCCGUAAGGUUGACCUCGAAGUCGGUAGCGCCGUCUGCAACUUCGGUGCCACUUGCCAGCGUAUCUCUACCGACAUCAGACAUCUUGCUUCCUGGAAGGAGAUCGAGGAGCCUUUCGAGAAGGACCAAAUUGGUUCUUCUGCCAUGGCUUACAAGCGUAACCCCAUGAGAUCCGAGCGUUUGACCUCUCUUGGUCGUCGUCUUGCGAACCUCCACGCUGACUUCAUCUCCACUUACGCUGGACAAUGGAUGGAACGUACCCUCGACGACUCUGCUAUUCGUCGUAUUGAUAUCCCCGAGAUGUACUUGUGCGCUGAUGCCCUGCUCAUUCUCAUGAACAACAUCUUCAGCGGUCUCGUCGUCUACCCCAAGCGUAUCGAGCACCGUAUCCUCGAGGAGCUCCCCUUCAUGGCCACGUAA